AUGAUGUCUUCAAAGGUUAUAAUGCAAUACUUUGUGGUACUGGUGCUUGCGCUACAGGUUAAUGCGCAAUUUUUUGAACAGUUCUUCGGUGGUGGUAGUGGUGGUGCUCGUCGUCAACAACAAAGACAAGAACAAUUAUCAUAUGAAGAUGAGUUCUUAGGAAACAAAUGUGAUGGUUAUCUAUGUCCAGAUACGAAAGCAUGUGUUAAAACUAAAAUUGAAUGUCCAUGUCCCUUCCCAAAAUCACAAUUGAAAUGUGUCUUGCCAAAUAAAGAAAAUUAUGUUUGUAUAUCAAAACCUGCUACUAAUAAGAGAAACUUACAAAAAAUUUAUGAUGAUCCAAAAGCAGGUCCAAAGGCUAGAAGUGCUGGUUUAAGAGAUUGUGGUUGGGUUGAAGAUGCUUGGAAUGGUCUGGUAUGA